AUCACAAUAGCGAUAAGUCAUUGAUCAAGAGAAAUAAUGAAAAGAAGACCAACAAAACAUAACAAAAAGCUAAAAAAGAGUGUUGUCAAUUCCUCCAAUAUCAAAUCUCUUCCGAAUGAGCUACUCUCUGAAGUUAUUGCAAGAGUUGCUUCCUUUUCUUUUACAGAUUAUAUCAAUGUCAAGCUCAGCUGUAAAAUCUUCAAUGGAGUUUCGAACGAUCGAUAUAUUUAUCGUCACAUGUCAAUGGAGGAAUUCCCUCUAGGACCUUCAUGGAAAAGAGACAAGGAAGAGAAGGAAAAAAAGCUUUCUUUGUUCAUGAGAAUGUGUACGGAGAGUGGGAAUGCUGAAGCGUUGUACCGAAAAGGUGUGGUUGAUUUCUUUAGGAAAGAAAGACCAACAUAUGCAAUAGAAUGCCUAGUUAAAGCUGCAGAAGCAGGACAUCUUGGAGCAAAAUAUGUGAUAAGCAUAAUCCAUGUUUUCAUAGGUGGAGAAUUCAAGCAAAAUGGCAUAACUGCAAUUGGCAAAAUGAAAGCAAACAAGCCAAUGAGGAGAGCAUUAGGAGAGUGCCGAAAAAACUUGGUUGAAAUAUUGAAUAGUAUUUGGGUACUCAAUCCAAUCUUCUUGGCACAAAACCCAUAUUGCUGCACCCUUCAUCAUAAGCGCUCUUACAAAAAUAAGUGGCGUCAAUGGCCUUCUUUUGACACUGACGACCAAGAUGAAGAUGAUUUUCGUUGUGACGCUUGUAGUUGUGAUGAAGAAGUUGCAUACCUUGUCGAAAUUCUGCCCUUGAAUUAGUAUGCUUUUUGUUAUUUUUUUUAACA